UUCGUUUAAUGUUUUAUUUGCUGACAUAAGUAAAAGAAGGCAUGGGGGCUAGCUUCAACUGCAUGCUAGGUAACAUCGUUAUUAUCAUCUUAGCAAAUAACGUUAUCACUCUAGAAAAGGUCUAGCCACAGAAAGAAGAGGGGACAUGAUGACAACCGAUGAUAUGGCUUGCAAUGAGUUAAUUAACAUAGAUGUUGACACCCUUGCCCCCUAUGAUUUUAAACAAGAAAAACUCAAACUUUCUGCAACUCUACGAAAGUACUACUCAUUCUGUAAGAGGAGGACAUUUGGAACAUUUGUGGCAUCCAAAAGAGCUUCAAUAACAGUUUGGAAUUGCUGUGGCCAGACCUUCAAGGAACUUUCUUCCAUCCACAAACAUGUGGCAAGGACUCAUGACACUGACAUUCACCAGCUUACCCAGUCCACAUUUGAGGUUUUACUGAGCCAGAUUGAGAAAGAAGCCACUUCGCAACAACAAUCAACAGAGAAAGAGCCCGUGGACAUUUCCUCCUGGAUACCUGACACCAGUCACAUCACUGGUGACCAGCUACACAAUGGCCCAGGCGAGGUUCUUCUGCUCUACUGCUACUGUCAGCUGGCAGAUCCACAGCUCAUCUGUGCUUGGCAAAAGGCCCUUUGUGAAAAACUCCAGUUAACUGGCAAGGUGAGGGUGGCAACUGAGGGGAUCAAUGGAACAGUUGGAGGCACAAAAGUGGCGACUAGCUUGUACAUCAAGGCAAUGUGCUCCCAUCCAAUCUUCAAUAUAAUGAAAAAAGAAGAUUUUAAGACCAGCAAUGGGGGCGCAGAGUGUUUUUGUGACCUGAGGGUUGGAGUCUACAAGGAAAUAGUGCCAAUGGGAGUGGACCCUGAUGCCCUCUCUUACAGUCUAGCAGGUACUCACUUGGAACCUGAAGAAUUCCACAAAGAAGUGGAGGCACUUUUGUCAAAAGGUGACUCUUGCAAUGAUACAAUACUGCUGGACUGCCGGAACUUCUACGAGAGUAGAAUUGGCCAGUUCAGCCAGUGUUUGGCCCCUAACAUCCGAAAAUUCAGUUACUUCCCCGAUUACGUUGACCAGAACCUUGACCUCUUUCGAGACAAGAAGGUCCUUAUGUACUGUACCGGCGGCAUUCGUUGUGAACGCGGCUCAGCCUAUCUCCGCUCAAAACAUGUGUGUAAAGAAGUUUAUCAGCUGAAAGGUGGCAUUCAUAAGUACCUGGAACAAUUCCCUGAGGGCUUCUAUCGCGGCAAACUGUUUGUGUUUGACGAGCGCUUUGCAAUCUCCUCCAACAGUGACAUCAUCUCAGAGUGUAGGUACUGCAAUUCUCCGUGGGACCAGUACCAGCUAUGCUCCACCCACUUCUGCUGCCAGCUGGUCCUUUCCUGCUCUGCCUGCAGACAGGGGGGCCACACUGCCUGCUGCCCCAUCUGCCAGACCAAGGGCAAGGGAGAAGAGUCCUCCGCCACACCUCCACAGAGAGAGGAGUGCGAGUGCACAGCCAUGCGGCCCAGGAUCCCCCAGGAUGCAUUGUGAUGUGACAUAACCAGUUAAAAAAAGUUCAACAGCGCUAAGCAGAGACCUUACAAGGAGCUUAACCCAUGCAUGUAUUUUAAAUGGUCAAUCCUUAUUCAAUAGACUCAAAUGUGAUUGUGGUGACAAUCGGCUUGUGCCUAUUUUAAAUAAAGAAAUCCUCAACAGA